AUGGCUCAAGGGGCUUAUCUUGAUCACGGAGGAACCACCAUAUAUGCGAGGUCUCUUAUAACCGGCUUUUCACAGGCUAUGAUAGGUAACCUUUGGGGCAACCCGCACUCUGAAAACCUCCCUGCGAAAUUGUCCGGCGAGAUGGUGGACAGCAUCCGUGCAAAGACACUCGAUUUCCUAGGUGCUGACCCAGAGCACUUCGAUCUCGUCUUUGUUGCCAACGCUACGGCAGCUAUAAAGCUUGUUGCUGACGCAUUUCGCGACCUGGGGGAAAAGACGCCAACAAAAGGCUUCUGGUACGGAUGCCAUAGAGAAGCGCACACGAGUCUCAUUGGAAUCCGGGCACUCGCAGCAGGAGACUAUCAUUGCUUUGACGAUGACGAGAGCGUCGAUGAAUGGAUCUCUCAACCGUUCAGCUGCCAGACCCAAAAAGGAAAACCACCAAGUCUGGGCUUAUUCGCAUAUCCGGGUCAGUCAAAUCUUAGUGGACGACGCUUACCCAAGACUUGGCCGAGAAGGAUUCGUAAACACCCUCAACUUCGAAAUACCUAUACCCUUUUUGACGCAGCGGCUUUGGCCAUGACGAGCUCUUUGAAUUCUUUAUUCGAAGACCCCUUAGGUGCGCCGGAUUUCACUUGUCUCUCGCUUUACAAGAUUUUUGGUUUCCCUGACUUGGGAGCUCUGGUUGUGAGACGAGCCUCUGGACAUGUAUUGUGUCUACGAAGGUAUUUUGGUGGGGGGACAGUGGCUCAGUUGUCGCCAUUAAAGGACACUCGUGUUAUGAAGAAGGUGCCCGGCCUGGGGAACAAGUAUAUGUCGUGGGGUAUUCACGAAGGGCUUGAAGAUGGCACAUUGCCGUUUCACAGUAUAUUAGCACUUGGUAUCGCGAUUGAUACGCAUCUCAGACUGUAUGGCUCCAUGGAUAUCAUAUCUCGUCACUGUUGCUACCUCGCUCGCUCGUUAUACGAACAACUAGCAGAUCUUAAACAUCGUAACGGGUUACCAGUAAUCGAACUAUACGCCGAUGACUCUGUCAGGUAUGGCGAUCCUUCAGCACAAGGGCCGACUUUUGCCUUCAAUAUCAUGAGGGAGGACAGUUCAUACGUGCCUUGGACUGAGGUAGAAAGACUUGCCAACAAAGCUGGAGUAUACAUCCGAGCAGGGGGCGUUUGUUGUCCUGGCGGAGUGGCCCAAGCCUUGAAAUAUGAAGAAUGGGAAUGGGAUCGCAUCUUCUCAAGUGGCCAUGCCUGUGGUUCAACAGAGAUGGCCGUCGUACACAACAAACCAACUGGUAUCGUUCGUGCAAGUUUGGGCGCUAUGACUACCAAGCGCGAUAUAGAGGCUUUCGUCUCGUUCCUACAAAACGAGUUCGUCUUUAAAAGCACAGCCAUGCCGCUGUUGAUGGGAUCAUCGAAUGAGUUACCUUUUAGAGAGCCAUUUCUCUAUUCGAUGCGCAAUGUAUCUGAUAUGGAGCAUAUAAUGAGCUAG